CACCUCUUCUACUUACUAAUCGAAAGCUUUCCCCAUCCAUCUUUAAGCACCAUCAAAAUCCCCGAUACCACCACCACCAUGGCCGACCAAAUGCAAGCCAUCGUCAUCAGGUCCUUCGGCGGCCCCGAAGUCCUCAUCAACCAACGCGUCCCCAAACCCACCCCCGUUACCGGCGAAGCCCUCAUCGCCGUAAAGGCAUUCGGCCUGAACCACGCCGAAAUGCACAUGCGCAAAGGCGAAUGGGACGAAUGGAACCCCAUCACGGGUCUCGAAUGCGUCGGCAUCGUAGAAGCGUGCCCAGGCAGCGAAAUCCCCAUCGGCACGAAGAUCGCAGCAGUGAUGGGAGGCAUGGGACGAAGCCGGCCAGGAGGAUAUGGCGAAUACGUUACAGUGCCGGUCACGAAUGUUAUACCGCUCGACACGCAGCUUCCCUGGGAGCAGCUCGCGGCGCUUCCGGAGGUUUACUGCGUCGCGUGGUCCUGUCUCUUUACUAUUUUGGACUUGAAGCCCGGCGAGAGACUUCUGAUUCGCGGGGCGACGUCGACUCUGGGGCAGGCAGCACUCAAUCUCGCGGUAAAUGCGGGGACCAAAGUUACGGCGACGACGAGGCGCGGAGAACGAUUCGAAUGGCUCAAGAAGAUGGGCGCGGUGAACGUUUUGCGCGAGGAACGACAGCUCGACUUACAUAUAACUGCGAAUUCAACUGAAAAUGAUCCACGCUUCGAUAAAGUGUUAAACCUCGUCGGAAACAGCGUACUUCUGGAGUCAAUCCGGAUGACCAAGACCGGUGGGCGGAUGCUGCAAGCCGGAUGGCUGGGCGGUCUCGCGCCUGUACCGGACUUCAACCCCAUGGUUCAGAUGGAGAGUGGUGUUCAUUUCAGCUUGUUCCACAGCAAGGUUCUCGGAACUAAGGACUUUCCUUUAUCUGGGAUUCCGUUUCAGGAUAUUGUCGGGAGGAUUGAGCGCGGAGAGUGGGACGCUAAGCCUACGCAUGUUUUUGGGGUGCAGGAUAUUCGGGAUGCGCAUAAAAUGUUGGAUUCGCAUGAUGCUGGGGGAAAGAUUGUGGUGAAGCGUUGUUGAGCGGGAUUCAUCCCAAUACGUGAUUAUCGGAGCUACAAUAGUGGGCAAGGAGUAUGUCAG